GGACAGCCCCCGCUCGCAUAUGGCCAACAAGUCAUGCAGAACGGCGUCAACUACCAGGCGCUUAUCCCCCGUACGGUCACAUACCGCGAUCCCCAGACUGGCGAAAUGAAAAAGGGCAUACAGUAUCUCCCGCCGCAUCUUGCUGGGCUCGCUCAGGGUGGGGGAGGGGCAGUAUCACCAACGUAUCCGAAUUACCCGACUUACUCUGCCGAUCCCAGGAUGAUGAACGCUCAGAUGCCCCCAUUUCCCGCUUUCCCAGUCAUGGGUACUAUACCCAAGAAAGACCAGGAACGCGCGGUGAAGGAGUACAACAGGCAGUUGAAGGAGUACGAACGUGUGAAUAGGAGGAUCACCAGGGAAAACGAGGGACCGGGGUAUCCGCCAGGUGCAAGUAUGGGAAUAUAUGACCGUGAGCGGGAGAGAGAGAUGGACAGGGAAGGCAGGGAGGGUAGGGGCAUGUUUGGCAACUUGUUUGGAAGGCGCGAUAGGGGCGAGCGAGAGAGGGAGAGAGAGCGUGAAGAGCGCGAGAGGGAACGGGAAGAACGCAGGCAUAUGUCCGACUACGUGGGUCCCACUGCUGGCCCUCCCCCACCUCCCCCUGGUGCUGGCCUCAACCCGGGGCUCGGCGCAGGCACUCGUUCCCGCCGUGGGAGCUUGGUUAGCGCUCCCCCGCCUGUGAUGCCUGGUGUUGGUACGGGACCUAUGGGAGGCGGCAUGCCCAUCCCCCCCAUGGGCGACCCUGUUGGAGGCCUAGCGAACGCCAUGGGGAACUUAUCAGUCGACCCGAUGGCGGACUAUACGCGCGCUCGCAGGCUGAGCGGGGACGAGCGGAACCUUCGUAGGGAAAGAGCAGAGCUCGACAGGGAAGAAUACGAACGCGAACGACUCCGCGCGCACAGCAGGAUUGGAGAUCCGGAGGAUAUCAUCGAACGCACUAGGUCGAGGGCCGCGGAUAGGGAGGAGAUAGAGAGGGAAAUGGAGAUGGCUGGGGUGGGACCUGGGCCGGCUGGACCUGGGUUGGGGCCUGCUUCAUUGGGCUCUGCAGGACUGCGUAGUGGCAGGCUGGGGAGAAGGCCCAGCAUGCAGGAUAUCGCUGCUGGGGCCGCUGCAGGUGGGGGAGUGCCCAUCCCCCCUAUGGGAGGACCAGCAGGUGGACCGGGGAUGGCCCCACCUAUUCCUGGUGUCCCCGGCGUAGAUCCUUACCUCUCCGGCCACAGUAGGCGGAGCACGGUGGAUGACCGGUAUGGGCCCCCUCCUCUCCCUGGCGCGGGGGGGAUGCCGGCGCCCAUGCCUGGUGGACCUGGUGUGCCGGGAGCGGGGCCUUACGAGAGCAGGCAUAGGAAGAUGGGGAGCGCUUAUGAUCGGGAGGAGAUGCGUGAGCGGGAGAGGGAGGAUUUGCGCGAGGACCGCCGGGAGCGGGAAAGAGAGAGGGAGAGAGAAAGAGAUGGCAGGGGUGGGGGUAUGGCGCGUUCGGCCAGCCGUACGGCGCUGGCGCUGCUGGAGGGUACGGCGCGGGCGGGUACGCUCCUGGGUACGCUGCUGCCCCGGGGGCGUACGGCGCUCCCGGCCAACCAGGAGGAGGAUACGGCGCCCCGCCCGCAGCGCCGGGGGGCGGGUAUCAGUACACAAAUGUUCAUGGUCCUGGAGGAUAUUGACCAGCUGCUGAUGCAGCUCCCUCCACGACCGGGCGUGCUCAAGAGCCAUGAUGUGAACAGGGAUGACUGGGAUAGGUUCGUUACGGAUUUGGCAUAUGCGUGGUCGGGAGAGAUGGGGAGAGCGUUGAGGCGUCCUAGGCGGUCUCAUUUGCUGGUUGAGAUCGUCGAGACUUGGAACUUGGAAUUCUUCAUGCGGCGUGGGAUAGAAGCGAUAUUGUACAAAGGGCGUGAGCGGCGCACGGGAGAUAUCGAGCGCGCUCAUUCUGAAGAAGACGACGAAGACGAGUAUGAAUACGGGAGCGAUUCCUCAGACGACGACGACACGGACUAUUCAGAACGGGCGUACAUGGGCCGCGGGCGGUACAGCUACAAGCCUGGCGAGGCAUUCCGCUAUGAAGAGGCCGCCAGAGGGUUACUGGACCGAUAUCGCCAGAGGCGGGAGCUGAGGAGGACCAGGAGGCGCGAGCAGGAGAGAACGCACCGAGCACCCGAGAGGAGAGGAGAGAAGCUCUGGAGCUUGUACUUCACCGCUAUCCGCUAUCAUGGUCACUCGCUCGUCUAACCGUCUUUCCACAAUCACCACAACUAACACCACUAGAUUCACAUCCACUCCCCGUUCGAUACCGAGGUUCCGACAGCCAAUUUUCUUUCACAUCCUGGUUCUCUCCACUCACCUUCUGCACCAGAUACCGUUCUCCCCAGUGUUGGUCUUUCAUGUUCUGCUUUAUUUCUGCUCUUGGUCUUCAUUUUUGCUCUGUCUCUUUCCAUUCUCUCUAGCAAUACAAAC